CAUACCAGUCAUCGUCGUCCAUAUUUGUAGAGAGAGAAAGAGAAAACGAUUGUAGAGAGAGAAAAGAAAUAUAUAUACGUACAGAUAUUGUUAUAUAUUAUAUAUCUAUAAUCCGCACGCACUAUUACACGCAUAAAAACACGCAGUGGCUACACUUCUCCCCUGAAUGCGGCCGAUAACCUCUCGCUAACUGGCUCAGCUGAUGAGAAAUGUUUCAAUUAAGAUGGUUGUAUGAGGUGUGGAGCAGUGAAUAUCUUUGAUUUGCCAUCAGGUUGUCCGGAUUGAACUCUAUCCAAGCAGUGCAUAAAAUAAGUACAAGAGUUUUCAAAUUGAAGAAAUGGCUGGUGAUAAUGACGAAGCUAAUACACAAAGGCUUCAAUCUUCAUUUGGGACAUCAUCAUCUUCACUUCCUAAACAACAGCAACCCUUUUCCAUGAAUCAUCUAGACGUACCUCAGUUAAACAUGCCGCAAUUUCGUGGUCACAUUCGGCAGCUCUCACCCAACCCGGGUGUUGAAAUUUGUAGUAAAAGGGUUGGAAUUCCACCCUCUCAUCCACAAAUUCCUCCUAUUUCCCCUUAUUCCCAGAUCCCGGUUAACCGCCCCGGAAAUCAGCAAACAGGGUUGCAGAAUUUUAGUUCUAGUCCAGGGCCAUCGCACAGUCGGUCUUUGUCGCAGCCAUCAUUUUUUGCUCUUGACUCCUUGCCACCUCUGAGCCCUUCACCUUAUCGAGACUCACCUCAGAAUUCUAUUUCUGAUCAAGUUUUAGCUGAUGUGUCAAUGGAGGAUAAGGAUGGCAGCUCACAUUCAUUGUUGCCGCCCUCACCUUUCACAAGAGGUGCUUCCCUGAGGAUUGGUGAAAGUCUUCCUCCUCGCAAGGCUCAUAGAAGGUCCAACAGUGAUAUCCCAUUUGGAUUUGUGUCCAUGAUGCAGUCUUCGCCACCACUAAUACCGUUGAGAAGUCCUGGUGCAUUGGAUAGGUCGGCCUCCACAAGAGAGAAUUCAGGAGCUCAGCCGGUGCAGUUGGUUAAGAGAGAGUCUAGCUGGGAGAAAGGAGGAGAGAACAAUGCUGAAGGGAUGGGGGAGAGAAAAUCUGAAGGGGAAGUUGUUGAUGACCUAUUCUCUGCUUACAUGAAUUUGGACAACAUUGAUGCAUUCAACUCUUCUGGUACUGACGAGAAAUUGGGAAACGAGAAUCGUGAAGAUUUAGAUAGUAGAGCCAGUGGUACCAAGACAAAUGGAGGUGACAGCAGUGAUAAUGAAGCAACCAGUAGUGUCAAUGAGAGUGGGAGCAGUAUGCAAAGAGCAGGAGCCUCUUCACUGCCUGAAAAGAGGGAAGGGAUUAAAAGGAAUGCUGGGGGAGAUAUUGCUCCAACAACUAGGCACUACAGAAGUGUCUCCAUGGACAGUUUUAUGGGAAAGAUAAAUUUUGGCGACGAGUCACCCAAAUUGCCUCCUUCCCCUGGAACCCUUCCAGGUCAACUCUCGCCAACCAAUUCAUUAGAUGCAAACACUAAUUCUUUUAGCUUGGAGUUUGGGAAUGGUGAGUUUACUGGUGCUGAACUGAAGAAAAUUAUGGCAAAUGACAAACUUGCGGAGAUAGCAUUAAGUGAUCCCAAGCGGGCCAAAAGGAUCUUAGCCAACCGGCAGUCUGCUGCUCGGUCGAAAGAGCGAAAGAUGAGAUAUAUAGCAGAAUUGGAGCAUAAAGUCCAGACUUUACAGACUGAAGCUACCACAUUGUCCGCCCAACUUACUCUGCUUCAACGAGACUCUGCUGGGCUCACUAGCCAGAACAAUGAGCUGAAGUUUCGCUUGCAGGCCAUGGAACAACAGGCUCAACUCAGAGAUGCACUAAACGAAGCAUUGACAGCAGAAGUGCAACGUUUGAAGCUUGCAACUGCAGAGCUAAGUGGAGACACCUCAAAGUUUCAGCAGCUCUCAAUUAGCCCUCAGAUGUUCCAGUUACGCCAACAGCAGACACCUCAACUGAACAUGCAUCAAUUGCAGCAGCAGUCCCAGCAGUCAAACGGCAAUACAUCUGCAAAAAAUGAAUCAAACCAAUAGCUUAUGGGUGGUGUGCAAAUGCAACACCACAUCUGCAGAAGUUUAAAUUAAAGAAAUGGCUUUUGAUGGCACGGUGGCAUCAAAGGCUAUGAUGCCUUCUUACAAUUCAUUGGAACUACAUAUUUUUCAGCAGCUUUGACUUUUUUACUGAAUUGCAUUCAUUCAUUGGUUUUGCACCUCGAACUCAAACAUUGAGGUGCGGAGUCGAUAUGCUCUCUCCUCUUCUUGCGUCUACAAACUAUAGUUAUCUCAGAGCAUUCAUUCACUUGUGCUCUGGGAAAGAGAUUUGUGUCUAGUAAAUCUGUUCUGUUGGAUGGAUGAUUUCGUUUCAGUUUGUCAUCUUUUUUUUUUUUGUGUCAGAAUUUACUGGUGAUGUUAGUAUGUUACAUUUGUCUCUUGCUCUUGGACGAGCAGGUAAAUGCUAUUUAAGUUGUUAACA